AUGCACCGGUGGUCUUACAAUAGCGGACAGAUUCACAUUAAGGGCAAACCCACAUUGGGACUGAAUAAGUCGCUGCUACAAAACCAGGACUUUGCGAAAUCCCUGAAUGACCACCUCAUACAAUAUUUCCUAGACAACAACAUACCAGGAAACUCCACUGAAUCUAUAUGGCAGGCUCAGAAGGCG